CCACACCCUGCGCGCCGCGCGGCCUCGCCCCGACGGCGGCCCGCGCUCCCCUCUCCGCCAGGCCGCGCGGGUCCGGCUCGCGCCCGCGGCCCUCGGCCCCCAGACUUCCCUCGGCCGGCCCGGCCCGCGCCCCGGGACCAUGCUGCGCUGGCUGCGGGGCUUCGUGCUGCCCGCGGCGGCCUGCCAGGACGCGGAGCCGCCGACGCGCUACGAGGCCCUCUUCCAGGCGCUGGACCGCAACGGGGACGGCGUGGUGGACGUCGGCGAGCUGCAGGAGGGGCUGCGGAGCCUGGGCAUCCCGCUGGGCCAGGACGCCGAGGAGAAAAUUUUUACUACUGGAGAUAUCAACAAAGAUGGAAAGCUGGAUUUUGAAGAAUUUAUGAAGUACCUUAAAGACCACGAGAAAAAAAUGAAACUGGCAUUUAAGAGUUUGGACAAAAAUAAUGAUGGAAAAAUUGAAGCUGCAGAAAUUGUCCAGUCUCUCCAGAUCCUGGGUCUAACUAUUUCUGAAAAACAAGCAGAGUUGAUUCUUCAAAGCAUUGAUGCUGAUGGGACAAUGACAGUGGACUGGAAUGAAUGGAGAGAUUACUUCUUAUUUAAUCCUGUUACAGACAUUGAGGAAAUUAUUCGUUUCUGGAAACAUUCUACUGGAAUUGACAUAGGGGAUAGUUUAACUAUUCCAGAUGAGUUCACGGAAGAUGAAAAAAAGUCUGGGCAGUGGUGGAGGCAGCUUUUGGCAGGAGGAAUUGCUGGUGCCGUCUCUCGAACAAGCACUGCCCCUUUGGACCGCCUGAAAAUCAUGAUGCAGGUUCAUGGUUCAAAAUCAGACAAAAUGAACAUAUUUGGUGGCUUUCGACAGAUGGUAAAAGAAGGAGGUAUCCGUUCCCUUUGGAGAGGAAAUGGUACAAAUGUCAUUAAAAUUGCUCCUGAGACAGCUGUUAAGUUCUGGGCAUAUGAACAGUACAAGAAGUUGCUUACUGAGGAAGGACAAAAAAUUGGAACCCUUGAGAGGUUUAUUUCUGGUUCCAUGGCUGGAGCAACUGCACAGACUUUUAUUUAUCCUAUGGAGGUUGUGAAAACCAGGCUGGCUGUAGGCAAAACUGGACAAUAUUCUGGAAUAUACGAUUGUGCCAAGAAGAUUUUGAAACGUGAAGGUUUUGGAGCUUUUUACAAAGGUUAUGUUCCCAAUUUAUUAGGCAUUAUACCUUAUGCCGGUAUAGAUCUUGCUGUGUAUGAGCUCUUGAAGUCCUAUUGGCUAGAUAAUUUUGCAAAAGACUCUGUAAACCCAGGAGUCAUGGUGUUGCUGGGAUGUGGUGCCUUAUCUAGCACCUGUGGUCAGCUGGCCAGCUACCCCUUGGCUUUGGUGAGAACUCGCAUGCAGGCUCAAGCCAUGCUAGAAGGAACCCCACAGCUGAACAUGGUUGGCCUCUUUCAACGAAUAAUUUCCAAAGAAGGAAUACCAGGACUUUACAGAGGCAUCACCCCAAACUUCAUGAAGGUGCUCCCUGCUGUAGGCAUCAGUUACGUGGUUUAUGAAAAUAUGAAGCAAACUUUAGGAGUAAACCAGAAAUGACAUGUUGAAUUUUUUAUAUUAGCAUGAUUAUUGUAAUUUUCAACAAUCUCUAGGGUGACUUUUUCCUCCUAGAAUUGAAACAAGUCUAUGGCAAAAGCUGUAUUUUUUUUCACAAAAGGGAAGAGCAUAUCAAUGAUCACUUCAAAUAUUUGGGCUUAAUUUUAUAUAUUCAGAAAUAUUAAAAAUCAUAGUUUUAAUAAGUUUUAAAAUACACCUUAGCCAAGUGUUAGGUUUAUAUUCUUGUUUUUCUUUAAGCUGAAGAGGAAUGAACAUAAAUGGUAGAAUUUAUAAGGAGGAGUGAUGAAAUUAUAUGUAUUUCAGUGAGCACAUUUUCAUUUUACUUGUACUAUUAUUUGGUUCCUGGAAUUAUACACUGAUUGUCAGUAUAUUACUGUUAAAUUAUCAACACGAGACAACUAAUUUGAACGACUGUUUAUUCUGUCACUGUUUGAAAAGCAGCAGGAAACAAAACCCUUUUACUUGUAUCAGCUUCUGAAGAGCAUCUCUCUUUUCUUUGUCCUUUGUUUUCUACUUUUUGAACCAGAUUCUGUUUUAAUCAGGAAGGCUUCUUAGGACCAUUCUUAGAAAUCUGAAAUUUCUCUUUUUUAAUUACAUAAAGUGGGUUGAUCAUGGGUGAAUGACAUGCUUAUUUCCUCCUCACUGUUGAAUUUCCUUGAACCUGCCAUUCUCAAUGGCAGCACAAAGCUAAGAGAUACAUACUAAUAGUAGUAUGUAUUAAUCUUACACAUUAGAUACCUACACUUAAAUGAAAGGCCCAAUUUGUAAACAUACAUUCGUAUUCUCUCUUGCUCCAAGUUUUAGGAACAUGUUAUGAUAUAGAAAACUUAAUUUCUAAUAUUGAUAACAUUUUUUAUUUUACUAAAGCCAUUUUUGUAGUGCAUGAUCUUUUCUGAUUUGUAGGACUAGGACUUAGAAAAAUAUUUAUUAGUUGAAGUUAUUCUUGCCACUUUUUAAUUUAGUUCCUAAACUUGUUUGAUUUCUAAGAAUUUCUGUUAUAAAUUGCCAACAUUUUAAUGAAACUCUAGUGAAAUAAUAGUUAUUUACUUUAUUUGAACCUACCUCUUUUAUUUUCUGAACCAAAGAGAAAAGAUGCACUUGUGUUUGUGAAACAUUUUCAGAAAUACAGUUUCAUUUAUAUUAGUCAUGCUUGAUAAUAUCUCUGUAUUUUUAUAGUAUGUCUGUGGUCCCCAACCCCCAGGCCUCUGCCCUGUACCGGUCCAUGGCCUGUUAGGAAAUGGGCUACUCAUCACUGCCUGAGCUCCAUACCGUAGCCCCCCAACCCAUGACACCCCACCCCCGACCCCCAGUCUGUGGAAGAACUGUCUUCCAUGAAACCAGUGCCUAGUGCCAAAAAGUUGGGGACCGCUGGAUAUGAUAAACAUGGGACUCUGCUUUAUUUUCAGGGUUAUUUGUAGUUUUGAGUGAUACAUAAAAUGGCAAUAUUAAGGUACAUGAUUAGCUCUUUUUUUACUGAUAAAAAUUAUGGAAAUGAAUAAUUUUCCUAACAUGUUUAAAAUUUCAAAUUGCUGAAAAAUAUGAAAAUAUUCAUUGUUCAUUAUGGAUUUAAAUUGUUUCCUAUUUAACGUUUGUAAGGUAUGAAUGUGAUUUAUCUGUGCAUCUUGUAUCUUUUGGAAAAAAGCCCAGAGUGGAAGAUGGUUUAUUUCUGUCAUUACUGCAUGAUGACUUGCAAUUUACAUUAAUAAAUAUAUGUUUGUUUUUCAAAUGA